CUAGUGUAUCCGAACAAAUCCUCAAAUGUUUUGAUUAGGAUUUCCUUGCUCACAGGGUAGUAAGAGCCUGUGACCCAGAUUGGAGGAAUCCAGUCCAGCUUUUCGCCACAGCUCUCCUGUCUUUGGAGCCAGUGCCCUCUCAUGGGCUGGUGUAUGAUGUCGUGCUAAGCACCAGAAGAAUGUCAUUGACGUCAGUGCAGUCUCUUUCAGAGAAAGUGGCACCCCAGCCCUGUGUACUUCACCACACAUGCAGAAAGAGAGAGAGACACACACAGACAGGCAAUGAAUAAGAUAAUGUGUGCUUUGUUAAAGGAGUGUACAUGUGGCACAUGCAUUCUGUCUUGCUUUGUUUUUAUAGUUGCUUCCAGUAAGCAACAUGUCUAGAAUAGCUGCACUGACGUCUGUUUUGUAAGUCUUUUGUUAUUUUGUUUUGCUUAUUUUUAUGCCCUCAUAUGGUCAUCCUAACCUUUUCGAAAAUGCACAUGCAGCAGACAUUUGCAAAUUUCCUUAAAAUCAUGAAAACAGCACACAUUUUGAAUGUCAUUAAUGGUCCCAUCUCAGCAAAGUUGAAAUGCUGACCACAAUUUCAGCACUAAAUUAUUUGUAAUCUUUAUAAACAAAUCUUAAAGCAUCCUCUCUAAGAACAAAAACACACUGGACACCUCUAGCCUUUCUCGGAGUGUCAGCUGUGAAGGACCUGAGCUCUUCAUUCUCCAAAUCCUGUAAAGUUCAUGUCAGGUUUUAGCUGAAGUCCUCUCUCUCCUGCAUGCAGCAGCACUGCCAGGCUUUAGGCUUCUGUUUCAAGAGGAAGCUCGGCUCACGUUCAGCUAGCGACGCUCCACGGCUGCCCCGUGCUCGUGCAGGGCAUCCACUGCUCUGAGAAAAGAGGGCAGGCAGAUGCGAGCACCUUUGUUCUCUUUUGCGGCAGCUCAGCUUAAGGAUUGGAAACAGGGACAAGUCACUCAUCUGUUGGCGUCAGCUCUCCGUAUGCUUUGCGUUUGUGCUCGUAUGAGUGUGUGAGCGAGUAUACGUGUGUGUUAUUGUUAUGACACUAUGCCUGUAUGCUAUGUUAUGGGUCGGAUCGCAUGCUCCUAAGGGCCACAGCACGCUACUCUGCUUCUUGGAUGUAGACCGGCAUCUGUCACGCAGUGAUGGGCCUGCCCACAGCAAUGACAUUCUCCCUGUCCCGAGAUGAGAGGUUUCACUCCAGGCUCCUUGACAUGUAGGACUAUAGAUUCUGCAGUCGAGUGUUGUACGACUGACUGUCGUCUUGUUUGUGAGCGGUGUGAGUGUUGGUUUGUGUGGCCUCUUUGUAUGUUUUCUUAAGGAAUAUAGUGUUCCCCGCUUUUCACAAGAUCUGACUCCUGAUCCUUGUCGUUACGGUGCCUGAUUUGGAUUACGGCGUUUUUGGAAACCUUGUUUUUUGGCUCGAUUUGGGGCCCCAUCAUUCACUGUGGAGGGCUUCAGCACAGCAUGAAGAAUCACCCAUGCGUUCUGUCGGGAUAUCCCAACAUGGCGGUCUACAGCAGUUUGGGCCCUCUGCUGGGAGCCUCAGCUAGACCCCUAAAGCAUCUGAGAUCUGACUCCUUGCCUCCUUCUCUUCCUCCAGAGGAGGCCUACCAGAAACUGGCCACAGAGACCCUGGAGGAGCUGGACUGGUGCCUCGACCAGCUUGAGACCCUACAAACCAGGCAUUCAGUCAGCGAGAUGGCAUCCAACAAGUUCAAGAGGAUGUUGAACAGAGAAUUGACUCACCUCUCAGAGAUGAGCCGAUCUGGUAACCAGGUGUCUGAGUUCAUCUCAAGUACAUUCUUAGACAAGCAACACGAGGUGGAAAUGCCAUCGCCCCAGUCCCAGAAAGACAAGGAGAAGAAGAAAAGGCCGAUGUCCCAGAUUAGUGGUGUAAAAAAGCUAACGCACAGUUCCAGCCUUACCAACUCUAGCAUCCCUCGGUUUGGGGUUAAAACUGAAACAGAAGAUGAGCUAGCCAAGGAGCUUGAAGAUGUAAAUAAAUGGGGCCUUAAUGUCUUCAAAGUGUCAGAAUUUUCUGGGAACAGACCUUUAACGGUUAUGAUGCACACAAUAUUCCAGGAGAGGGACUUGUUAAAGACGUUUAAAAUCCCCCUGGACACGUUUAUCACCUAUCUGAUGACUUUAGAGGACCAUUACCAUGCUGACGUUGCCUAUCACAACAACAUCCACGCUGCUGAUGUCACACAGUCCACUCACGUCCUGUUAUCAACCCCUGCCCUUGAGGCUGUGUUUACAGACCUUGAAAUUCUCGCUGCCAUAUUUGCCAGUGCGAUACAUGAUGUUGACCAUCCUGGCGUCUCCAACCAGUUUCUCAUUAACACUAACUCUGAGCUGGCCCUCAUGUAUAAUGAUUCGUCUGUGUUGGAGAAUCAUCAUCUGGCUGUAGGUUUUAAACUGCUGCAGGAAGAGAACUGUGACAUCUUCCAGAACCUGACCAAGAAACAGAGACAGUCACUUCGCAAGAUGGUCAUUGACAUUGUUCUGGCCACUGACAUGUCUAAGCACAUGAAUUUGUUGGCAGAUCUGAAAACCAUGGUGGAGACCAAAAAGGUGACCAGUUCUGGGGUAUUACUGCUAGACAACUACUCUGACAGGAUACAGGUCUUGCAGAACAUGGUGCACUGUGCAGACCUCAGUAACCCCACCAAGCCGCUGCAGUUGUACAGGCAGUGGACAGACCGCAUCAUGGAGGAGUUCUUCAGCCAGGGGGACAGAGAGCGGGAGCGCGGCAUGGAGAUCAGCCCCAUGUGCGACAAGCACAACGCUUCAGUCGAGAAGUCCCAGGUGGGCUUCAUCGAUUACAUUGUUCACCCUCUGUGGGAGACGUGGGCAGACCUGGUGCACCCAGACGCGCAGGACAUCUUGGACACACUGGAGGACAACCGGGAGUGGUACCAGAGCACCAUCCCCCAGAGUCCCUCUCCAGUGCUGGACACCAGCAGCGAGGGCCGACGCACCGCCGGCCAGGAGAAGUUCCAGUUUGAACUGACUCUGGAGGAGGACGGAGAAUCGGACACAGAGAAGGACAGCGGUAGCCCUCCUGAUGAAGAAGAGGAGGAAGAGGAGGAAAACAGCUGCAGUGACUCUAAAACCCUUUGCACACAGGACUCCGAAUGUACAGAGAUCCCCCUGGACGAGCAGGUGGGGGACACACAGGAUGAGGAGGAGGAAGAGGACGAACAGGAGGAGGAAAGGGAAAUAUCAGAACCCUGUGUUUUAGAGGAGGAGGAGGAGGAGGAGGAGGAAGAGGACACUGCCAACACAUAACACAGUAUGACACAGCACCUGAACUUUUUUAUAUUAGAGAUGAGAAACACUUAUUUAUGGUUAAGAUACUAGUUUUUUUCAUUGUCUAUUUUACAUAUGUCGUUCAAAAGUGCUUUUUUAAAUGUCCGCCUUUAACCUGAUUUUAUUUUUAGUCCUCACUCUUUUUUUGAGUUACAACCAUUUUUACACUCAGGAAUAUCUUUUCCACUCAAACCUGUCAUUCAUACAAACAAACGUAACAAAUGAAAGGUUAAAAAGCUUGACUUUUAUUCCUGAUUGUAAGGUACUUUUAUUUAUUUUUUUUUCACUGAAACAGUAUUUCAGAAACAUUGAACUUAGAAAGCAGCUGUCUUUUCACCACAGAGACACUAUUUUUUCCUGUUCAUCUGAAGAAAAAUGGCAAUUCGAAGCAUUUUUGCAGACAAACACUAGGAGUGAAUACUUCAUGCUUUGAACUUCAUGUCUUCCUGAUUCCUUGAAUGUGUUAUUAAUCUGGAUUUAGCUCUCUGUUGUGUUUGUGUAGCAUUAUUUGAAGCGUAUGGACUUGGUACCAAAGUGAAAAGAACUCGCGAGACACCAUUUUCACAGACAAUACACAUUUUCAUUUAAAUUACCAUAUUUGGGGUAAAUAUGGUAGUUUGCACAUCUUUUUAUUAUUUUGUUUUUACCCUUAUUUGUUGCAUCCAAUCCAGAUCUGAAAAUGGUUCAUUUUAAAAAAUAUUCUUAUUUUGUUUUAAACAAUAAGUUUCUCAGCUUAUUAAUAAUACCUAAUUAUGGCCAUGUUUCAAUGUUUUAAAACUUUAUUCCCCCAAGAACAAGAACUCAUAAUUCUGUUAUAAAAUAAUAGCUUGAAUAAGCCUUAAAUGUUUUGUUGCCUACCAAAAAUGUACAAAAACAUACAAGCAAUGGAGUAAAAUGAAUCCUGGUCAUCACUUCAUAAAUAACAAUAUGAAUUAUUAUUGUAAUUAAGUAAUAAUAAUGCUAUUAAUAAUAAUUAUUAUUAUUAUCAUGUUAAUGAUGAAUCCUGGGUAUCCCUUCAUACAUAAUAAUAAUUAUUGUAAUUAUUAUUCAUCAUUAUAAUUAUUAUUAUUAUUAUGGCCCUCCUCAUUUGUUUCUCAGAAAUGUUUGAUAGCUGUUUGGUGCCAUAUGUCCCUGGCCAGUUAAACAGAAAACAACUGACAUAAAUGAAGAAGCUCGAUUUACCGGUUUGUGUUUUCACAUGAUCACGGGACAAUCAGCCUCAAUGCAAAGCCUUAUUGUAAGUGUGAAUCUAGUUGCACUAUAAUUUUUUUAUUGUAUUUGUGUUGUUGUUAAUUGUAUUUAUUUUGGACAUUUUCGCCAAACGUUACCAGUCGCAAUGAUUUUAAUUGCUGCUUUACUCAUCUCUGUCAAGUGUCGUACUGUACAAACAUCCUCUUCAUUUUAUGUUCAUGCUAGCAUUAUUUAUUAAUGCUCUUUGAUGUGCUUGUAGCAUAUUAAAGUGUUUUAAUCAACUUGUAGCAUCAGCAAUUCAGGCUUACGAGUCAGUUUUCCUUAAUAUAGUUUAAUUAUACAUAUGCAGUAGAUAUACUUAAUCAAAUGUACAAAAUUAUAUAUAAUAUUGAAGCCUUUUGAAAAGACCCCUUUUUCAUUGCUUUCUUUAUUCUAUGUAAAACUCGUUCUGUUGCCAAGUUUGCUUUUUUAUUAGUAGGUUUUUUUAUUGUCUCCAUUCUCUACAUUGUUUCUCAUUUCUCUCUGUUUACAUACAUGUAUUUAUUGUUCUGUAUAGUACAUAUUGUUGAUCUUAUCAUGUCGUUGUAAAUGAUUAUAUCAUCCCUUUUGGUGAUGGUGUUGUAUUAUGGAACUCUUACUGAGAGAAUGUUUGUUAUUCUUAGUAUGUAAUGAUCCCAUUGAUAUGUGUCUCUAGAGAGACUGCGUAGAGAAAGGGAAAGCCAAAUUAUAGUCAUUACUGUGUUUACUUUCAUUCUUUCUUUCUUUUUAAAAGAAAGUGGUUCCGUGGCCUGAGGGUUGUGCCUUACAGAUAGCUCUUUAGAUUUUAUCCUCUUGCUGCACUAAAGAAACUACUGGCUGGAAAUUGACCUAGAUGUGUUUGUCGUGUUCCUCCUGUUUAUGUGGCAUAAAUGCUCCCAGCAUUAAAAAAAUAAAUAAAUAGACAAAAGUUGUCAGACCACAUUGGACAGCGUAAAAGCGGGCCAGUGUGAUGGGUUUGGGUUUGCAACCAGCUGUAAGAACCUCCAUCAUAUUUCCGUCUAUGCUGUGUUCAUUUGAGACAUUCAAAGACAUUUACGUUUCAUGCAAUAUGAGAGAAAACAUCUUUCUGUUUGGGGAUAACAGGGCAUUUUGAUUUCCAGAUCCUUCACAAAAAGCCCAAACGCUCAAUUUGGGACUCAUUUUGACACAUAUACUGUAGAUUCUUAUUGACCCUAAAUGGAUGAAAUCAGUGCGUCCUUCUCGUCUCUUUUUAAAUCAUGAGAGAAAUACACAGAAGUUGACAAAUGAUAUUUAGGGAUAACUAUUUUUUUGUUAUGUGACUUGAAUGACAAAACUUGUCUGGAGGUUUCACAAGACCGUGUAGUUGUUUAUUGGACUGCUUGUUUAUCGCAGUCUAUUGGAUAGAACUGUAGAAAUAAAAAUUUACGUACGAAAACUGGUAAAAUCCAAUAAAAAUGUUUUUUAUAUGCACCAAAAUAAAAGCAUGG